AUGCAUUAAAGAUUGAUUUAGAUGAGUUAAAUGAAUAAUGGAUAGGUGAUAAACUUAGUCCUUGAGAGUUAGAGAUCAGCAAAAAAAGAUGAAAAGGUUAAGGUCACUCAUUGUGUGUCCCUAGAUCAGAACAAUUACAAGAAUGAGUUAAAUCUUAUAAAGACGAAAAAUACUCCUUAAAUCCAGUAAUAGUCUCAUAGACAAGGAAUCAAUCCUCUUAAUUCAGGUAUUAACUCUUAAGGAACACACUUAAAUUACCAAAUGCCAUAUUUUAACUCGAGAUAGAUAAGUAAGGAUGUCACUACAACUUCAGUAUUGAAUGAGAAAAAGUAAUAAAUGAGUGUAAUGGAUAAAUAUAAAUUGGAGAGGUAAAUGAUCGAAGAUGUUCUAGAUCAACAAUAAAAUCACUACCCUAAACACUAAGAAUCUUAUAUGAAGUAUUCCUAAAAUCCUGAAAUAAAGAUUGAUCAUUUACCAAUGGAAAACUUUUUAAGAGUGAAAUCAAAAUGCUCAAUAUCCGAGUCAGAAGCAAUUAAUUAGAAAAACAAGGCUAUUGACGAUAUCCUCCUAUCACCAAAGCUUCAAAGUAAAGAUGUUACGAUUAAGACGAGUAAUUACCAUGAUAGAGACAAGUUAUCCUAAAAUUAGGCUAGUUAUGGCGUCAAUUAAAAGUAUGGCUAGCUAAUUACAGAAUGCAAUUAAAAUCCAGGAGCUUUAAUUAAUUCUAAUAAAGAGAAGUUUAAUGAUAAAUCACCUGCAGAUAAUAGUUAGCUUGAAUAAGUCUCGAAUUGGAAUCUACUAGAUAAUUCACCAGUCCAAAUAAAUCUACAAGGGAAAUUAGAGAACUAAUAAAUAGUUAAUUUUAGAUCAUAAUAGCCCGAUAAAUUUACAAAAGUAAACCUUGUAAAAAACAGUCUGAUGAAAAAUAUAUUUUGA